AUGGCGGCUCACAUAAGCCAGAACCGACUCAAGGCCAAGGGCAUGGGCCAGCACCACAACGCCCAGAACUACAACAACCAGAGCUUUGAGGAGCUGCGAGCACUCUGCCUACGGAAGGGGCAGCUGUUCAAGGACCCCUUUUUCCCUGCUGAACCCAGCUCACUGGGCUUCAAGGAACUGGGCCCCAAUUCCAAACACGUGCAGAACAUCAGCUGGCAGCGGCCCCGUCAAAUCACAAGCAAUCCUCAAUUCAUUGUGAAUGGGGUCAGCCCGACUGACAUCUGCCAGGGGGUGCUCGGAAAGGUGGAGAACUCACCCCCAGAGCUGGCCCUUCUGCAGUGGGAGGACAUCGGGGAGGGGGCCACAGAGCAGCUCCUGAUCUUCUGGGGCUUGGACUCUGGGACCCACACACAUGGGAGUGCUCAAACGGGGAGCCCUUCUGUCUUUCCAGGGGACUGCUGGCUGCUGGCUGCCAUUGGCUCCCUUACGGUGUACCCCGAACUGCUGUACCGCGUGGUGCCCAGGGGGCAGAGCUUCAAGAAAAACUAUGCUGACCCACCUUGCCGCCCGCAGAUUUGGCAGUUUGGGCAGUGGAUGGACGUGGUGGUGGAUGACCGGCUGCCCACAAAGAAUGGCAAGCUGGUGUUCGUGCAUUCAGCCGAGCGCACCGAGUUCUGGAGUGCCCUGCUGGAGAAGGCGUACGCCAAGCUGAACGGAUCCUAUGAAGCCCUGUCAGGGGGCAACACGGUGGAGGGCUUUGAGGACUUCACGGGGGGCGUGACCCAGAGCUUCCAACUCCGGAAGCCCCCUCCGAACCUGCUGAGGAUGCUUAGAAAGGCCAUAGAGCGAUCAUCCCUCAUGGGGUGCUCCAUCGAAAUCAACAGCCAAAGUGACUUGGAGUCAUUGACGGAAAGGAUGCUGGUGAAAGGACAUGCUUACUCAGUGACCGGCCUUCAGGAUGUCCUGUACCGCGGCAGGAUGGAAACACUGAUUCGCGUCCGGAAUCCCUGGGGCCGGAUUGAGUGGAAUGGAGCCUGGAGUGACAAUGCCAAGGAGUGGGAAGACGUGGCCCCAGACGUCCAGAGGCAGCUGCUGCACAGGAAGGAGGACGGAGAGUUCUGGAUGUCCUACGGAGAUUUCCUGGACAACUUCACCCUCCUGGAAAUCUGCAACCUGAUACCCGACACGCUUUGUGGGGACUACAAGAGGUGUUGGCACACCACCUUCUACGAGGGCAGCUGGAGGAGGGGCAGCACUGCAGGGGGCUGCCGGAGCUACAUUGACACAUUCUGGACCAACCCACAGUUUAAGAUCUCUCUCCCCGAGGAGGAUGAUGCCCCAGAGGACGACGAAGCCGUCUGCACCUGCCUGGUGGCCCUGAUGCAGAAGAACUGGAGGCGGGCACGGCCCCAGGGAGCCCAGCUGCAGACCAUCGGCUUUGUCAUCUACUCCGUCCCAAAGGAGUUUCAGAACCUCCAGGACGUCCACUUGAAAAAGGACUUCUUCGUGAAGUAUCAGGACCUGGGCUUCUCAGAGAUCUUCACCAACUCACGGGAGGUCAGCAGCCACCUCCGGCUGCCUCCGGGGGAAUACAUCAUCAUUCCCUCCACCCUUGAGCCGCACAAGGAUGCUGACUUCCUGCUCCGGGUCUUCACGGAGAAGCACAGCGAGUCCUGGGAACUGGAUGAAGCCAACAUCGCUGAGCUUCUCCAAGAGGAGAACAUCUCUGAGAAUGACAUAGACCAGGACUUCAUACGUUUGUUUCACAUAGUGGCCGGUGGAGAGGACAAGGAGGUGGGCAUAUAUGAGCUACAGAAGCUGCUCAACAAGGUGUUCUCCGAAGUCAAAAACCUCAAAACCAAGGGUUUCAGCCUGGACGUGUGCCGCUGUAUGGUCAACCUCUUGGAUAAAGAUGGCUCUGGCAAACUGGGGCUUCAGGAGUUCCAGAUCCUGUGGAGAAAAAUCAAGAAAUGGACGGACAUCUUCCGAGAGUGUGACCAGGACCACUCAGGCACCUUGAACUCCUAUGAGAUGCGCUUGGCAAUUGAAAAAGCAGGCAUCAAACUGAAUAACAAGGUGACACAGGUGUUGGUGGCCAGGUAUGCAAAUGACGAAAUGAUCAUGGAUUUUGACAGCUUCAUCAGCUGUUUCCUGAGGCUGAAGGCCAUGUUCACGUACUUUCUAACCAUGGACCCUAACAAUACUGGCCAGAUUUGCUUGAACCUGAACCAGUGGCUGCAGAUAACCAUGUGGGGUUAGUCACUGCAGG